AUGUUUGGAAGCGGUUUUUACCCGAAUCUUCAUCUUUAUAAUAAUGGACUUGUUUAUUUCUCAUUGUCACAUCCAUAUGGAUUCAGCAACGAAGUUUUAGAGAUGAUUUUGCCUUUUUAUGCAGCUGUUUAUUCAGUAACAUUAUCCUUAUUAGCAAUACAGUUUAUAUAUCGAUAUUGGGCAUUGUUUAGCCUCUCCUAUCUAACCUUAUUCAAAGGCUGGAAAUCCUUCAUCUGGGUUGCAUACUGUUUCUUUUUCGGAGCCGUAUGGUUUCUCGCGGACUAUUUCCUCCUCAAAAUCGAUGACACUACUGAGAAAUAUUUCCAUGAAGAAAUGCUCAUCCGCUAUGGUGUCACAAGCAAAGAAAUCCCAAUAAUGACUUUCUUAGUUUACGAUCCAAACGAUGGUUCAAUCAGGGGGAUUAGUGUUUUCAAUUCCUUUUUGUUGUCUGGAGCUAUGGGAUUUCAAUAUGGAGCAAUGAUGUAUUGCGGGUGGAAUAUGAAUUCGAAGAUGGAAAAGCAAAUUUCCUGUUUGUCGGCUGCAUUGAAACGCCAUCAUCGGCAAUUGUUUAGAACUCUGGUCUUUCAGAUAACCACGCCCACUAUAUUCCUAUUCUUCCCUUUGAUUCUCGUAGUCUAUCUACCGUAUUUUCAACUUGAACUCAGUUUUCCCGCUGGCGCUACGAUAUGCGCCUUUAAUUUCUAUCCUGCAAUGGAUUCUAUAAUUGUUAUGAUAAUAGUUACGGAGUAUAGAGUGGUUGCAAGAAAGAUGUUGAAUGUAUUACUGCGAAAAUCGAUGGUUGUCUUCAGAGGAAAGGACAUUGGAGCGGCUCAAACAAGUGGGCAGAUACAGAUGGCUACUAUAGGGGUUGUUUCUUGA